UCUCUCUCUCUCUCUCUCUCUCUCUCUCUCUCUCGGAUGCGUGCAGAGGACCCCCUUGGCGCUCGCCUUCCUGCUGCCGGGGGUCUCCGGCGAGGCUUCCUUGGUUGCGCGCAGCUCCGCGGAGAGGAAUCGUGAAAGAAAAGAAGAAAGGGAGGCAUGCUGCCUUUUGCCCACUAAACACCCAGACCGUCCUCCUUCCUGUCAAUGAGGCACCAAGGAAGUAUUCAGCCAGACGAUGGAGCCUGUGGGGACCGAGAUGGCUUUGCUCAGCAACGUCCUGGCAGCCUAUUCCUUUGUCACAGAAAAUCCUGAGCGAGCUGCUUUGUAUUUUGUGUCUGGCAUUUGUGCAGGCCUUCUCCUGACCUUGCUGGUUUUAGUACUCCGAAUCUCCUGUCAAACUGAUUGCAAACCAUUGCAAACCAAAAAGCCAUCGUGGGGCAGCGACAGCGACGAUGACUCAGACACUGCGUCCGACCUGUCUGUUCGACGGCACCGCAGGUUUGAAAGAACACUGAAUAUGAACAUCUUCACCUCGGCUGAGGAGCUAGAGCGAGCUCAAAGGCUGGAAGAAAGGGAGCGCAUCAUACGAGAGAUUUGGAUGAAUGGGCAGCCAGAUAUCCCAGGGACCAGGAGCCUAAACCGUUACUACUAACAGUUGGCCAAUGCUACCCCCUGGUCCAGCAGUCACAGCAUCCUCUAAACUUGUUGCUACUCAGGGAAGAGGGAGCACUCCAGAGUUCCCAAGGCAAGCUAACCCAAAGCCUUGUCUCCACUCUCCCCAGGCAAAUUGCCAGCCAGCAUUUUGCUCACAGACAUCUAUUGCUGUUGCUGCUUUUUUGGAACAGAGGGGACAUACCAGACAAAAAAACUCACUUUAUAUUGAUUUGAAAGCAUCUUUAUCAUGGAUUUUUGUUACCACAUACCUGGCAAGGAUGAGAUUUGCUUGUAUAUUGUUUUAACAAUAAGGAUCCUACUAGAGGCAGGGCUGUAGCUAGGGGGUGGUGAGGGGGGCCCUGCCAGAGGCAUAGGCAGUUGGGAGGAGCAAAAUCGUCUGAAAAAUAUGUCCAUAAAUAUAAAUAUUGAUUAUUGCCUCAUAAGAAAUGGUUUUAAAUAGAGGGUGAAUUGAAUGGGUGGAAGGGUGGUGGUGAAAGAGAGGCAGAAAGAAGAGCUAAUUUCUCCGUGGCUGGGGGGGCCGGAUCCCCUGGCUAUGGCUCUGACUAGAGGUGAUUAAAAUACAAUGAUGGUGAAGAGGAAACUGAAGCAGUAAGUCAUGAUAAGGUUUGCAACAUUGGGAAAUUGUGGAAUUAACCCAUGUACAAAAAACCCAAACCUUCAGAACUGAGUAUUCUCACACUAUGAAACUAUUUUGGUGCUUGGGUGCUCAAUAUUCUGUCUUGUUAUUUAAGGCUGUUUCAAAUCUUGCUUUAGUGGCAGCAAUUUUUUUUUAAUAAAAAAACUGUUAUCUCAGGGAAAAAAUCCUUCCCCCAAUUCAAGUUCCCCCAUCCUUUCCCCCCAUCCAAUAUUUUCCAAUGGGGGCUUGUUAUUGCAGAAGUUGUCAGUGAGGACUAAACUGUUUAAAACCUCAAAGAGUUUGAAAGGAUUUGUGUUUGUGAGAGUGUGCACGCUGUGCAGUGCCUUACUGAUACUAAAUUGUAGUUUUCAUAUUAGCAGUUAUGCAUCAGUAUUUCAGAUAUGUAUUAUAUCCCCCCUUUCCCACCAAAAAUAGUUUUUUUCACAGUUGCAUUGCAGGAAGACAAUGGGAGCAAGAGUGGCUUAAAAAACCACACAAGGAUAAGAAUUUGAUGCCAAAUGAAUUUACUUGCUUCAAUUUUUUAAAAAUAUCAAUCUUCUGUUUCAGGUAAAUGCAGUAGAACAUAAAUUAUUUUUGUACAGGUUCCCCAAAGCUGCAUACCCUCCAACAUUCCUUAGAUGAAAAUAGGGACAUUUCCCCUCCCAUUUUUGUUUCCUCCCUCCAGGAGCAUUUCCUGUCUGAAGAAAGGUGAGUGUUGUCACCCCUAUGCCAAUGGGGCACAGCACACCUCCAGCGCCCUGAGAAAACCCCUUAAUCCUGAUUUUGUUUUGUUUUACUCUUUGCUACAUUCACAACAAGAAAAGCACACACCAAAACUUACAUUUUACAAAGGAGCAAGGCUAGACAUGGAUGCACAACAGGUUUUUUUUAAAUUAAAAAAAUCAAGAUUCUUUGCCACCCAGGUGGCCCUGCCCUCUGCCUGCCCCUUAGAGCAAGGGCAUCAUGCUGGUGGCGGCAUCCUCUCCUCCUCUUCCUCACCUGCUCUCCAGCAGCCACUACAAGCUGUCCAAGGGUGGAGAAGCCACCGGGGGGGGGGGGGGGCUCCCUUGCAGCCACCAUCACUCAGGAGCACUGGAGGGGGUGGGAGGGAAAUAGGGACAUUCUGGGAUCAAAUCAGGAGCCGGGGUGGCUUUUGUAAUUCCAUGAUGGUCCCUGGAAAAUCAAGGCCCUUGGAGGGUAUGAAGUUGCUGCAACUGAGAAAACAGCGGUUUUAUCCUGUUCAUCUAGCCUUAGGGCCUGAACACAACCAAAAUUUUCCUCGGUGGUGAAGCAUUCUCAGAAGGCACAGCCCAAGAUUUCAGCAGGAUUGGAGCAUGCCCCAUCCUGUAAACAUUAACUAGGCUCCUUGCUUUUAUAACCGGUUCAAGUCAUUUCUGCUGGAAGUUGUUGACUGGUUUGCAUACACGGAUCCCGGAUGUGAAACUGCUCAGUGGCCUUAGAUAUAUUAAAGGUGAUGAAAUGUUUUCUGCGUUUCUUUUUAAUAAACAUUUUUAUUAGAUUUUCCAAUUUAAAUAUCUAAUCCAUUUUCAAAUUAAACAAAUUAUGCAAAUAUCAAUUACUGUAAACAAUUAAUCCCAAUCCUCUGCCAAAUUAUACAAAUUUAUCGACUUCCCCUGCUUCAGGCUCAGAAGGCCUAGUCCUCUUAUAGUCGCUGCAAUUCUUUUCAAUAUAGUCCAGGUCUUAUUCCAUCAUCUAUUAUUAUCUUUCUUCUUUUUUCAAGUCACUGAGUUCUUCCAGCAAGCAAGUUUAAUCAAACCAUAUAUGAUUCUGUGUGAAUUUAUAUCUAUAUUUCCCUUCUGUAAAUUUAGCACUGUCUCCUCGCACGCUGGUAUCUUGCCAAGUCCGUCCAAAAAUCCUUUUCACAGCCGGCAGCCACGAUCUUCAAAUAAUCCUAGUAAAUCAGAUCUUUAAGCCUCUGUGAUGAUUUCUCCAAGCCGCUACUCAAAACAGCCUUUCCGGGGGAGGUUUUGCCAGGUCACAAUCGUAUACACACAUCUAUUGUCAUUAUUUAUGGCUCCCUCCCCCUUUGACUGUUGUUGUGGCCGGCUCUGUCUCCAAGAUGGCGGAGGCUGGUUUUGUAACUGCGUCAUAUCUCAGAAAUUUCUUGACAAGUUUCCAACUGCUAAUGAGCUUGCUUCUCUUUGAUGUCCAUAAAUUUAGGGAAUCUUUAGCCACAUUCCAGGCAAGUCCUAUGUGUUUAACCACUUCCGAUAAUCUUUGGUACCAAUUGCGGCAGAAGUCCAGGACUCUACCUGUUUCCACCCCCCACUCCCCAUAUUGUGCUGUGUUUAAUUGUUAUAUUUGUUCUGUAAGCUUCCCAGAGACUUUAUGUUAUGGAGCAGCAGUAGACAUUCGGUACAUAAACGUCCCACUGAGUGUGAUGGGACUUAUGAAUCAGCAAGAGGAAACAAAGUUGGGGCUGGCUUGAAAUGACCACGAUCACCAGGGAUUAUUUUGGUUUGCCAAUUUGUUGAUGAAAUGGCCAUGGGAUCCCAUUGAAGCGUUCCUCUUUGUCUCCUGCACUUGGCAGAACUGAAUAAAGGCUUGGCUACAAUGAUCUCCUUCGCUGAAUCUCUGCCUUUAGUGCAAAUUUCCCUCAAUUUCUCCCUCCCUUCAUGGGAAGCCUCCAGUCGUUACCCAUUCAGCUGCUAUUUUGUAAGACUUUCUCAAUAAAAACUAAAGUUUCCAGAAAA